AUGGGCUCUAACUGGGCCGAGACGGAGGAGGUCCCGUACAGGCCCUUCAAAGAAGGGCCCUAUUUCCUAAGCAUGGGACUUAAGCCUUUGUCUGCCGAGAACUGGAUCGAGCUCGACAGAACCUACCUCGAUCGCUUGGCUUAUAAACGACAUUUAUUUUCUCUAGAGCGUUCGGAGACUAUACAGUCACUACCGGGUUCGGAGGACGCAUCUUACGAAUCGCUAGAGAUGCUGGUGGAUUUUUUGCCCCGGCGAUAUCCAGGGAUGUUCGAGAAGACGGAGCGCGGAAUCGUUAAUCUUGUCACCGGUGAGGACUGGGAUCUACGGAGGGAAUCCAAGGUGUGGAAGGAGAAGACGCACCCGUUAGAAGUGAUGGGGUUGUUGAGUACCGAGGACUGGGUCAUUAUGCAAAAGGACCCAGAGGGCGGAGAUGAGUAUCAUCUGCGGGCUGGUGCAGUGUGUUUUCCUUCGGGCUGGCGACUGGCGGAGCGCAUUGGUCAUAGCUUAUAUCGCAUUCACGCUGGGAAUGUCCCACAAUACGAACCUAGGAUCGCAAAAUCCAUGGACCGGUUCUUCUCGAAGCUGAAGGUUACCUCGCCAAUCCAGCGAUUUAAUCACAACCUGGAUAUAUCGUAUGAACUUUUCAGGACCCACAGCGUUGGGGCUGAGAGCUCGGAAAAACUUACUAUUGGUAAUAUCUACCUUCGAGUUGAGAGGCAGACCUUGAAACGGCUACCACGGACCCAGGCCCUAUUAUUUGGGAUUCGAACGUAUAUUACUCCAGUAGAAAGCAUCACUAAAGAUAGGGAUGUUGCAAGGGUACUCAAAGCCCAGAUCGAGGCUUAUCCAGAGGAUAUGGCGGGGUACAAGAAUAAGCAUCUGUGGGGUGCUGUUGUCGUGGAGCAUUUGGAUGGCAUUAUUCAGGGAUGCCAGGACGGGGAUUCGUUGCAUGCACUGCAAUAA